AUGCUCGCAGCUUCUCUCCUGAGUCUCCUCGCCUUAACCACAGCAACAACUGCAGCGCAGCGACCACUCGUGCAGCAGUUUGUUGACAAUGGUCAGACCUAUAGCGGGAUAGACUUGCCAGGCUCUGAUCAGGCCUACGAUGCCGGUUUGUUCACCCCGCUUGAGGAAUUCAGUCUACUGUCCACGUCAGAGUUCACAACGUUGAGCCAUCCCCUAUUUCCUAACUAUAACGUUCGCAUCAAGAAGUCCGACUUUUGCGACGGCACUGUUGGGGCAUACACGGGAUACAUUGACAUUCAAGCGCGGCACUUGUUCUUCUACUUCUUCGAGAGUAGGAGCAACCCAGACAAAGACGAUGUGAUUUUUUGGACCAACGGAGGUCCUGGUUGUUCGUCCUCCCUGGGCCUCUUUAUGGAGCUCGGACCAUGUCGCGUUUCGAGUCCUGAUAACUCCACAUUCAAUCCGUACUCCUGGAACGAGAACGCCAAUAUAUUCUUCAUCGAUCAGCCCAUAGGCGUUGGUUUCUCGUACGCAGACUACGGCGAGACGGUCAGCACGACCCCAGAAGCAGCGAAGGACAUCGCAGCCUUCGUCGCGAUCUUCUUCGAGCACUUCAGCAAGUUCAAAGGCCGGGCUUUUCACAUGGCCGGGGAGUCGUAUGGGGGCCGGUACAUCCCCGUCUUUGCGUCGGAGGUCUACGACCAAAACGCGAGGCUUGUUGAGGCGGGAUUGACGCCCAUCAACCUUACUUCUGUUAUGAUUGGCAAUGGAUGCACGGAAUGGCCCACCAUGACAACGUCUUACUAUGACAUGCAAUGCAAGCCCAUGUCCGUCGCACCGGUACAGGAGAUUAGCUCAUGCAUCCGCAUGAAGCAAGCGAUCCCUCGCUGCGAGAAGAUGUUGAAGGAAUCGUGCGUCGACAAGUUUGACAGCAUCGGCUGUGAAGCGGCCGGCCUAUUCUGCCAGUCGGAGAUCUCCGUCCCGUUCUAUGCUACAGGCUAUAACCCAUACGAUAUAAGCAAACUCUGCGAAGGGGCCAUCUCGGAUACGCUGUGUUAUCCAGUGACGAAAGUCAUAAGUCAAUACCUCGACCGCCCUGACGUCCGCUCGACGAUCGGCGUGGACCCGUCGAUCACGUCCAAUUUCAGUAGCUGCAACUACGAAGUCAACGCCGCCUUCCAUGCGGCGGACGACUCCAUGUUCCCGACGCAAUACUACAUUGCCGCGCUGCUCGAACGCGGGAUUCGCGCCCUCAUCUACGUAGGGGCAAAUGACUGGAUCUGCAACUGGGUCGGGAAUGACCGUAUGACGCUGGGAUUGGAGUGGACUGGCCAGGAAACUUUUGUCAGCCAGCCGCUCAAGGAGUGGAAGGUGGAUGGGGAGAUCGCUGGCUUGACCAGGAACGCGGGACCGCUCACGUUUUUGACGCUCGACGGGGCCGGCCAUAUGGUCCCGUUCGAUAAGCCAAAGCAGUCUUUGGAGAUGGUCAAGCGCUGGCUGGCUGGCGAUAAGUUCUAGCGUAGCUUAUGUGUGAUGACGAAAAUGCGGUGAAUUCGACAGCUUGUAUCUGAUUUGC